GAGUUCUGAAAAAUGAUGACGUGAAGCGAUGUAGUCUUGCUGUGUUGUCACCAUCUGUUUGCACGGGAACAAAGUGCUUCAAAGCAAACAUGAUGAAAUAAACAGACGUGUCAAGUCUCGAAAAACGGCAAGGCUACAUUACGUAAGGGCUCCAGAACUGAAAUUACAACCAGAGGGAAAUAGCACUAUUUUAUUUUUUGUAAUUACGUAACGUUACUGUAAAGUUUCUGCGUGAUUCGGGAAGACUCUUGCGCAAUAUUGUACAGUAAGUGACCAGUGCUUUGUCCCAUUUAAAAAACAACAACGGAAAACUUUCAGAAGUUUUGUUUAUCUUCCACACUUUGCAUAUCGAUGCUUAUCUUUCUUUACAUGUUGUUCUCUGAUUUUUUAUAGUCUGUGCGUCUGAAUGUCAGUGAACGUAAUACAAUUUUAAUCCCGAAUGUGCAUUUCCACGUGUUUAUGGUGUCUGACAGUAAGUGCGCAAUAGUUGUGAGUGUCCGUCCAGCGCGCGAGGAUGAACGUGGGCACGGCACACAGCGAGGUCAAUCCAAACACGCGAGUGAUGAACAGCAGGGGAAUAUGGCUCUCUUAUGUGCUUGGCAUCGGUCUCCUACACAUCAUAUUGCUCAGCAUACCGUUCGUCAGCGUUCCUGUGGUCUGGACCCUCACCAACCUCAUCCACAACUUGUGCAUGUAUAUCUUCCUACACACGGUAAAAGGAACGCCGUUUGAGACUCCAGACCAAGGCAAGGCCCGGCUUCUGACCCACUGGGAACAGAUGGACUACGGGGUCCAGUUCACCGCCUCUCGAAAGUUUCUCACCAUCACCCCGAUUAUACUGUAUUUCCUGACCAGUUUCUAUACGAAGUAUGACAGGGUCCACUUCAUCAUCAACACCAUUUCCCUGCUCACUGUGCUUAUCCCCAAACUGCCUCAGUUCCACGGGGUCCGUCUCUUUGGGAUUAAUAAGUACUGACGAGGCUUUGAUCUUCAACACGAGGAUGUGUGGCCACUUGUUCUGUGGGAAUAAAAAAGGGGAAAUUUAGAGCUUCAUUGGAUGCUUUACUGCGGUGGCCGGACAAUCUGCUAUGGUAUCACUGUUAUUGAUGUUUUUUUGUGUAACGUUCAGAUACAAACACAUUUGUAGAACCACCAGCAGAAUGCAGCAAAAGAAGGUCUCUGGAUAUGUUAGGACCACUGUUACAGACUGUGUUGAAACAUUGGGAACCAUGUGUUAGAUUUCAGUCACUUUGGCAGAAAUGUUGCAUUGAUGCAAUGAAUCAGAUGGGUCCAAAUAGGCUGAUUCUUAACUGUUAGGGGGCCAGAGUCAGUACUUCCCAAUGUUCAGCACAAGGUUUUAAGCAAGACAAAAAAAGGUACUGCUUUCUGAAUAAAGUGUACAAGGCUAUUCUUAGCACAGGUGCAAAAGACUGGCUUCGAUCCAAUAGUUGGACAGUGUUGGAUUCAUGUAAAAACCAAGAAGAGUGGACUUUGAUAGGGAAUAUUGGAUCAGAUCAUUUUUCCCCUAAGAGAGAAACUGCAGUCUAACUGUACAUAUAACAUUUGGAUCCUAAUAUGUCUCACUGGACACUUCAUGUCCAGGUUUGAGUGAGGAGAGAUUAAAUGUUAAUGAAGUUUACUACGGUAUAGAAUAUUUCUAUGAAGCAUCAUGAAAAUGUGAAUAAGAUGAUUAAGUGCUUAUUGUUAACGGCCAAUCAUGAUGUCUGUCUCACAAAGGCAGCAACUGAAACUGAAUUUUUUAAAGCAAACCUCUCCGUCACAGUACAGAUCUACAGAUUUUACUAAAUGUGUAGUGUGGUCUACAUGCGUUUUGUCUGUGAACAGCCGUAUGGACUGAUGACAGGCCCAGUGAUAUGCAUUUUGCAUGGCCAUACUACAUGAGCAUAAUUUCUAAUAACGAACCCUGCAGACACAUUCCUAGUACUUAACACACAAGAUUAACUAAAGGUUGUGUGUGUGUGUGUGUAUAUAUAUAUA